GUAAGAAAAAGAUGGCGAAACGAGCAGAUUUUUUUUGUCUCCUUGUCUUGUUUUUCAGUUCAGUCUCAGCAAUCAUAGAUGAUCCUCAAAAUAAACAAGUGUAUGUUGUCUACAUGGGCUCACUUCCGUCUCAACUAGAAUACACACCAAUGUCGCAUCAUAUGAGUAUUCUUCAAGAAGUCACCGGAGAAAGUUCGGUGGAAGGUCGUUUAGUGAGAAGUUACAAGAGGAGUUUCAACGGUUUCGCGGCCCGACUCACUGAGUCAGAACGAGAAAGAGUAGCUGGAAAGAAGUAUCCUCUUGUCUACGGAGACGUUUUCAACGAAUCUCUUGUGCAAGACGACUUUGACUCUCUCGUCUCUUACAUUAACUCCACAAGGUCCCCGCAAGGGUCUGUUCUUAAAACUGAGGCAUUCUUUAAUCAGACAGCUCCUACAGUUGCUUCCUUCUCUUCUCGCGGUCCAAACAUCAUCGCUGUUGAUCUUCUUAAGCCAGAUGUAUCAGCACCAGGAGUGGAGAUUCUCGCUGCGUAUAUACCUUUGAUUUCACCAUCUGAAGAAGAGAGCGAUAAAAGACGUGUAAAGUACUCUGUUCUGUCAGGAACUUCUAUGGCUUGUCCACACGUUGCAGGCGUGGCUGCGUACAUCAAGACUUUUCAUCCUGAAUGGUCUCCUUCCGUGAUCAAAUCUGCCAUCAUGACAACCGCUUGGCCAAUGAAUGAUAAUACAACUGGCUUCGAAUCAACCGAUGUCCUUGCAUCAACCGAGUUUGCUUCUGGAGCUGGACAUGUCGACCCAAUAGCCGCUAUAAAUCCUGGACUUGUCUAUGAACUGGACAAAUCAGACCACAUCGCCUUUCUUUGCGGUUUGAACUACACUUCGAAAACCCUUCAGCUCAUCGCCGGUGAAGCCGUCACUUGCAGUGGAAAGACCUUACCAAGAAACCUCAACUAUCCUUCAAUGUCAGCUAAACUUUAUGACUCUAAUAGCUCAUUCACCGUGACUUUCAAAAGAACCGUCACCAACCUCGGUACCCCCAACUCUACAUACAAAUCAAAGAUCAUCUUAAAUCGCGGAGCUAAGCUCAGUGUCAAGGUCACACCUAGUGUUCUUUCUUUUAAAAGGGUGAACGAGAAACAGUCUUUCACAGUAACUGUUUCAGGCAACAAUCUCAACCGAAAACUACCUUCAUCUGCAAAUCUAAUCUGGUCUGAUGGAACACAUAACGUGAGAAGUGUCAUUGUUGUCUACAUUGGUGAUUACUCGUGAGGCAUUAUCAGUUCACCAUAGUCAUCAUUAUCAUAAUAUUAUCGCCGAAUUGCCCAUGUGUUUCUUUAUUCUACAUUUGUGUUUCUUAGUUCACAGUUUCAGAUCUUUUCGGGUCAAUUGUCCAAACUCUCUUGUGGUGUCACAUAAUGAAUCAUUGGACGACCA